AUGAUUAUUUUUGUUUACAUCAUCUUUGUAAAGACUUGUUCAGUACCAAAUCAAGAGUACAAUAUCUAUCCUACAGAAGGAGAAUUAAUAGAAAUUACUAUGGAUAAGUUAAUUUAAGGUAGUAAUCUAACUUAUUAAUGCGAAAAGUGCUCAUAAGGCAUCAGUGUUUCAAAUAUAUUUGAAAACUAAUAAUUAUUUGAAAAUAGUAAUUUAUUACUUAAAAUUAGAAUAUACAUUUAAAUCUGUUUCAUUUCAUGAAGACAAAAUUUAUGCUUUAACUACAGAACCUUCUAUUAACAUUUAUUUGAAUAAAAAUGGAAAAAUGAACCAUAAUCCUAUAUAAAUAAUCAAUAUUAGUUAAUCCUAGGAAUGCUUUAGUAUUACAUAUACAGAAUUUUAUAAUAUUAUUAUAGAUUGUUAUGAACAUCAAAUAUUAUUUCUAUACUAUAUUAGAAAUAAUAGUUUAAGUCUAAUUUACACUUCUAAUAGUUCUAUUCCUAAUUACACUAAAAUAAGUUCUAUUGUCAAAAAUACAUCAACAUCUAUUAUUUAUGGAUAGUCUUUUGCUUAAGUCAACACAAAUGAUUCAAAUUUGAUUAUAUUGAAUUUGACAAUUUUAUAAGAGCAUAAAAGACAAACAUUUAUAGUUACAGAUAACUUAUAAGAUAAUGCAUUUAAUUUUUUUGUAUCAAAUAAAGAAUCUAUAAACCAAACAAUAUUUAUAUAGUAUUAUGAUUAUAUAAAUUCAUAUGUAUUAUAAGAAAAUGGAACACUUUUAUAAGUCAAUAACAUAUCUUUCACACAUGAAAUUAUUAAUAUGGCUUAUUAUUAUUCAUAAGAUGAAUAUUAUUAAUUUGAUAGACUUUUUUUAAUAGUUUUAGACGAUGAUUUUGAUUAUAUGUAUUUCAUAGAUGUUUUUUAUUGUGAUUCAUUUUAUGUAGAAACUCUGGAGUCUAAAUAAUAACGAAAAGAAGUAGAUCGAUUAGCCUAAAUAUUUAUUAGUUAAGAUUUCAUUAUCAUAUAUAGUAAGUUUUCAAUUAGUAUUUUGAAAAAUGAAAAAUUUAAUCAAAUUCUAUUCAGAAAAUAAUAAGUAUAUGAUAAAUAAACUGUUAUAUACUUUGAUGAAUUAGGUGAGUAUUUGUACAUUUUUGGAGAAACUAUUAUCAUUCAUAAACUAUAGAUUCCUCUUUUAAGUUUUUCAUCUAAUGAGAGUUAAGGUAAAUUUUCUAUUAGAGCUUUAGAAAUAGAUGGUUAUUUUUAAAUCCAUUUAUGCUAAGUAAAUAUUAAUUUUCAAUAAGUUUCCUAAUCAAAUAACAAUAUAUAUCCCAUAUUCAUAUACCCUUAAGAAUCAUAUAUAAAUUUAUUAUAAUUUCCUUUUGAAUAUUGGAUUCAUUCUCUUUCAGGGCCACUUAUAAAAGCAAUAUCUCAUGUUAGCGAUGAAAAUUUAGGUUAUUUUUAUGACAAUACUUCAUACAAAAUCAAUUCAUCAUUAUAAUAAAAUUACUAUAUAGCAAAAGCUUUUUCUGUUAAUUUGUUUUAAGAAUAUCAGAGUUCAAAUUUUAGUAUUCUUUUUACAGUUGCUGUCAACAAUUAAAAUUUAGACAUUUAUUAAUUAAAUAAUAAAUCAAUUGUUAGUUCUAUUGAUAUUAAUUAUAUGAAUACUAAUGUAACUUAAAUUGAAAUUACAUUUGUUGUUCUUAAUUAAUAAGUUUUUUAUAUAGUAUGCCUAAGUUUUGGUUAAAAUAUUAUUUAAGUUUAUUAAUAUAAUAAUCAUUUACAAAUGAUUAACAAUUUAACCUUAUAAACAGAAACAUUUAAGUAGUUUUAAUUAUUAUCUAAUUCAAUAGUGCUAUUACUAAAUACAAAUGAAAUAUCAAUAAUAAAAUUUGAUAAUAAAAGUUAAAUAUUGUUUAAUUCUAAAAUUUUAGAAGAUGCUUUAGGUUAAAAGGUUCACUUAAAUCUAACAAAUAUUGUUAUUAAUUAAUAAUACUAAUCUAGAGUCUUAUACAUAAACAAUUAUAAUAAUUUUAUAAUAGGUUAUAUAACAGAGUAACUCAACUUUGUAUUUAUUUCAAUCAAAAAUGUUAUUUUUCAAAUUGAAAAUCUAUUUGUUGUAAAUAAUUUGUUAAUAUUGUCUUGAAUUCCUGAAUAUUAAGAAAUUGUUUUUUUUGAGGUUUGGAAUGCUAAAAAUUUGAAAAAUCCAAUUUAUUUAAAAUAAAUGAAAUCUAUAAGUUUUGAUUUAGAUUAAAAUUCAAUUUCCUAUUUUUCUGACAAUUAAUUUUUUUAUGUAUUACAUAGCUCAACUUUAUAUGUAUAUAAUCCAAAUUUACCUGGACAUUCAAGUCUUUAUUAUCAUUAUCAAUUUGAAGGUCUUUACUUCACAAGUAUAGCUAUUAAUAGUUUUGCAUUUCUUUGUUUUAAUUAGAGCUUCUAUUUGCUUUCACCUAUUUUACUAUAAGCUUUUUAUAAUAAAGACAUACAUUAAUAGUUUCUUAUAUAAUAAAUUUUUAAUUUCACCUUUUAAUCAUAUCUUGAUGAUUAAAACCCUUAUAAUUAAUCAAAUAGCUCAUUAACAAUCAUAAAUAAUUAUUUAGAUAUAAAUUUAAAAGAUUCAUAAGUUAAUGUUAAUAAAUCUUAAUCUUAUGUUGUACUUUUUAAAUAUAAUAUUUCAUUAUAAGGUUAAGCACUAUAUUUUAAUAUUACUGAUAAAGAUAGUAAAUUGACUAACAAUAUUGAAAAUCCUUAAAAAAAAAAUUAAAGAUAAAUUUACAAUCAAAUUAUUUAAUAUAAUAAUUCUAAUUAGAAAUACUUUAUGCUUCUUAAUAAUUAGGGUAUUUACAAUUAUAGUUAGGAUAUCCCAUAUAAUUUUUUUACUACUUAUAAUUAAUGUAUUGCAUCAACUAUUUAGAAUUAAACUAUUUAUGCUUUAUGUUAAGAUAAUUAAUCAUAAUAUUAUAUUAUCAGUAUAAAUUUAUCAAAUGUAACUUCUAACACUGUAUAUCCUAAUUAAAUUCUGAAUUUAUCAAAUAACAAUUAUAGAAAUAAUUCAUGGAUAAGAAUAUAAAAUAAUAAGCUUUAUAUAUGGAAUGAUACAAUUUAUAUGUAUAAUCUUAAUUAAAUUGAAUAACCACAAUAAUUUAUUUGUAAAAGUACUUAAUUCGGAUUUUAGAGUAUAGAAAUUAAUUUGACUGCUGGUGUUAUAAUAAUAUAUAUAUAUUUUAAGCCAAUUCAUAAAGAUUAAUUAUACUACAAAUUUGCAUAGACCAAUAAUGAUUCAACAUUUACUCAUGGAGAUGAAAAUUCUAUCCUUUUACGAAGUUUUACUCAAUAAUAUUUUUCAUUUGACACAAUACCUAUGAUUUAAAAAAAAUAUAAAUAGAUUUUUGUAAUGAUUUCCAAUUCUAAUUUCAAUUUAAUGGUUUCAUUUCUUUUGGUAAUUAAUAAAUAAAAUAUCACAAAUAGUCAACUAAUUUACCAAAGUAUAAUAUAAGCAUCGCCACCAUAUGAUAAACAUUAUUUUAAUGUAUCGUAACUACCAUAAUAUAAUUCAUAAUUAUUAUUCUUUAUGUAUUCUAACACUUAAAACCAAACUAAUCAAACACAUAUGAUUAUCUUUUACAAUAUUUCUAAUAAUACAAGUGUUAAUAUAUAAAAUCCACUGCUUUAUGAAGGUGGAUAUAUAUUUUCACUUAAUUAAACUUUAGUUAAUGAUUUUUCAUUUAUAGCUUAGAAUAAUUCAUCCGGAAAUAUAUUAAUUCUAUUGAAUAAUGGUAGCACUUUAGAACUUUAAUUGAAUAUAUUCUCCCUAAAUAUAAGUUUAGGAGGAUCAAGUUCAAAAAAUAAAGAAUAUAUAAAUUUAACAGCCUAUAAUUAUUAUAACUCAGGAUAAGCUAAAAUCAAUUUCACAAUUCAAAAAGAUCAUUUAUUUGAAAAAACAUCCUUUUACAUAUUGUUUGGAAUUACCAUUAUUGCAUUAAUAACAUCUAUCGUAGUAUGCUCUUUUUAUUAAAAAGAUAAUAUUGAAGAAGAAUAUGAUUCAGAUGAUGAAUUAUGA